AUGGCACCCCAACCGUAUUCCCAAAAGCGCAAAGCGGUCACUCGUGACUCUCCAGAAGCUGAUGAAGUGCUUUUGAGUGACGGCGGGGACGACUUUGAGAUAGCGCUGCUCAAUGGUAUCCAGUCGCAGAGCGAGGACGACAGAGACGAGGAAGACGAGGACGCAAGUAGCGAUCUUUUCGGAGGGGACAGCGAGCUCGAAGAUGAGGGGGGCUCUGAAGAUGAGAUCGUCAGUGACGAGGUACCUUCGGAUGAAGAAGGGGACCUGGCAGAUGUGAAGCAGAACGACACAGCUACUUUACGUGCGACAGAGGGGAAUGACGGUGUUGAGAGACCACCUCCAAAUCACAAGAUUACAGAAGAUGCCAAUGGCAACCCUCGUUACAUCUACACUGAGAUAGACCCUGUAUACGACUCUGAUGACAGCGACGCUCCUCCGACUCAGAACACAAUCGGCAAUAUUCCUCUGUCAUUCUACGACUCCUACCCCCAUAUUGGAUACGAUAUAAAUGGCAAGAAAAUUGCACGGCCGGCAAAGGGGGAGACUUUGGACGCCUUGUUGGAUAGUAUCGAAGUGCCCAAGGGAUGGACUGGUCUCACCGAUCCGGCAACUGGCGAGCCGCUGGAGCUGAGCCAGCAAGAGUUAGAGAUUUUGAAAAGGAUUCAGAUGAACGAGGUACCAGACGAAGGCUAUGAUCCGUACCCUGCCACGGUAGAGUACUUCACGGGUAAAACGGAGACGAUGCCAUUGAGCGCUGCGCCAGAGCCCAAGAGAAGAUGGAUACCUUCCAAGCACGAAUCGAAGCGGGUCAUGAAGAUUGUUCGAGCUAUACGAGAGGGCAAAAUCUUACCAUAUAAGCCUCCACGGGAAGAGACAGAAGAUGAGCUUGAAGUCAGACGCUACGACAUCUGGGCGAACGAAGUUGCUAGACCAGAUCAUCCCAUGAAUGUGCCUGCUCCAAAGCUACCUCCUCCCGGCUACGAACAAAGCUACCAUCCACCACCGGAGUAUCUCCCUGAUCAGAAUGAGAAGAAGGCUUGGGAGAAUACAGAUGAAGAAGAAAGAAAUCAGGAGUUUUUGCCGACAAACCACGACGCGUUGCGAAAAGUGCCGGGCUAUGAAAAAUUUCUCAAGGAAAGAUUCGAGCGAUGUCUGGACCUCUAUCUCGCACCAAGAGUACGCAGGAGUAAGCUGAAUAUAGACCCCGAGUCUUUGCUUCCCCAAUUACCAAGCCUAGAGGAGCUAAGGCCAUUUCCCACCACUUGCGCAACCUUAUUUCGUGGCCACGAUGGUCGAGUACGCAGCUUGGCAGUGGAUCCUUCAGGGGUUUGGUUGGCGAGCGGCGGUGAUGAUGGUACGGUCAAAGUAUGGGAACUUUUGACUGGCCGUCAGAUAUGGUCAGUCAAGUUGGGUACCGAAGAUGCGGUCAACGUCGUCCGAUGGAGACCGAGCACUGAAGCGAUCAUUCUCUCCGUCGCAGUCGGCGAAGAUGUCUACCUACUAGUGCCACCUGUUGGAGAUCCUGAGAUCGAGACUAAGGGCCGAGAGGUUCUUGAUGCAGGUUGGGGAUACGCUGCAAAUGGCGCGACCAGCAAUGCAAAGAAGGAGCCUGCUACUCAGUGGACACGCCCAGGAGUCCGUCUUGAAGAGGAAGGCGUGCUAGUCAAGUUCAGUCUACGAAAGACUGUCAAAGUAAUUUCUUGGCACCGUCGAGGUGAAUACUUCAGUACGGUCUGUCCACAGGCUCAAAGCAGCGCCGUCGCCAUCCACACGAUCUCGAAACAUCUCACGCAGCUUCCUUUCCGAAAGCUGAAAGGGCUUGCUCAAUCGGCUUCGUUUCACCCGUCCAAGCCCAUCUUCCUAGUCGCUACACAACGUUAUAUCCGCUCUUACGAUCUUUCCAAGCAGGAGUUACUGAAGAUCAUUCAACCAGGAGCCCGGUGGAUUUCAUCAUUCGAUGUGCAUCCGGGUGGCGACAAUUUGAUCGUGGGUACUUAUGAUCGGAGACUCCUCUGGCAUGACCUGGAUCUCUCGGUCCGUCCGUUCAAGGUGUUGCGCUAUCACAGCAAGGCCAUCCGAGCGGUGAAAUUCCACCAAGGCGGACUACCGCUUUUCGCCGAUGCAUCUGACGACGGCAGUCUGCAAAUAUUUCACGGCAAGGUAGUGGGAGACAUGAUGGAAAAUGCGACCAUUGUGCCGCUGAAGGUGUUGAGGGGUCACACAGUCAAGAAGGAGUUGGGCGUUCUGGAUUUGGACUGGCACCCUACCCAGCCGUGGCUCGUGAGCGCAGGCGCUGAUGGAACUUGUCGGCUGUGGACAUGA